GCUGUGCCUAUAGGCUGUCACUGGGAGAACGGUCCUGUUAAUUGCACUGCUCAGUCACGGAAGGAGGAGGAGGUACAGAGAGAGGAAGAGAGGAGCAGAGACAGAGAAGCCAAAGAGAGAGAGAGAGAGAGAGAAAACUUUAAUUUAUAUAAGAGGUUUGCUCAAACAAUGAUCGCAGAGUGCACAUGGAUUCGGUAGAACUUUUGCUCCCUGAGUGUUUUUCCCUGCACUCCGAACAACAAAUGAAUUUAUCAAAGGCCCAAGUUAAUAGCGAAGAUAAGUACGCCAAAUGCAGCGCUUGGAGAACACAACAGCAAUACGACAUCGAGGCCAGUCACAUGCGUGAUGCACAUGCUCUAUAUAACCAGAGGCUGUUCUGCAGAAUGUCCAGCAAGGACCGCCACAUUGAGUCCAGUUGCCCCUCCUACAUAAAGACGGAACCUUCCAGCCCUGCCUCACUGACGGACAGUGUAAAUCACCACAGCCCCGGCGGCUCUUCAGACGCCAGCGGUAGCUACAGCUCGACCAUGAACGGCCAUCAGAAUGGUCUGGACUCACCCACUCUUUACGGCCCAACCGGUGCUCUGGGUCCCAGCGGUGCCGGAGCCAAGCGUUACGAGGACUGCUCCAGCACUAUCGCGGAGGACUCACAGAUUAAAUGCGAGUACAUGCUGAACUCCAUCCCCAAGCGCCUAUGUCUGGUGUGCGGAGAUAUCGCCUCUGGCUACCAUUAUGGUGUCGCAUCCUGCGAGGCCUGCAAGGCCUUUUUCAAGAGGACCAUUCAAGGAAACAUUGAGUACAGCUGCCCCGCCACCAAUGAAUGCGAGAUCACCAAACGCAGAAGGAAGUCCUGCCAAGCCUGCCGCUUCAUGAAGUGUCUGACCGUUGGCAUGAUGCGAGAAGGCGUUCGACUGGACCGUGUACGUGGUGGAAGACAGAAGUACAAACGCCGGAUAGAUGCAGAAAACAGCCCCUAUUUGAACCCUCAACUGUCUCUGCCACCAAAAAAGCCAUUCCCCUUUGGCUGCCUUGCAGAUAACAAGAUUGUGUCUCACUUGCUGGUGGCGGAGCCUGAGAAGAUCUACGCCAUGCCUGACCCCACCGUGCCCGACAGCGACAUCAAAGCCCUGACCACGCUCUGCGACCUGGCAGACAGGGAACUGGUGGUCAACAUUGGCUGGGCCAAACAUAUACCAGGGUUUUCCACACUUUCGCUGGCGGACCAGAUGAGUCUUCUGCAGAGCGCGUGGAUGGAGAUCCUGAUCCUGCGUGUAGUCUACCGUUCGCUGUCUAUUGAGGACAAGUUGGUCUACGCUGAAGACUACAUCAUGGAUGAGGACCAGUCCAAGCUGGCUGGCUUGCUAGACCUGAACAACGCCAUUCUUCAGCUGGUGAAGAAGUACAAGAGCAUGAAGCUGGAGAAGGAGGAAUUUGUCACUCUUAAAGCUAUAGCCCUGGCCAACUCAGAUUCCAUGCAUAUAGAGGACGUGGAAGCAGUGCAGAAGCUCCAGGAUGUGUUGCAUGAGGCCUUGCAGGACUAUGAGGCGGGCCAGCACAUGGAGGACCCGCGCCGGGCCGGCAAGCUGCUCAUGACCCUACCACUGCUCCGGCAAACAUCCACCAAGGCAGUGCAGCACUUCUACAGCAUCAAACAGGACGGCAAAGUGCCCAUGCACAAACUGUUUCUGGAGCUGCUGGAGGCCAAGGUCUAACUCUGUCCCCAGCCCCACGUUAUACCAACAGAGAGCUGGAGGGGGUACGUCACUGACUGCACCCCUUCACCAGGGAGACACUGACUAACUCUCUGCCGCUGUUGGUGAAACCUUUGUCUAUAAACAUUAACAAAUAAUAACUAAAAACAUAAUCGUAAUGGUACUUCUAAUUACUGACAAUGAUACAUAAAUAUAAGAAUGAUUUAAAAUGUGAUUACUGAGAAAAGUAUGAAGUGGAAAAAAUGACUGCUUUUAUUAUUCAGCAGCGGGACUUGAAACCAGCCGUCGACUUGUUCUUCUCGAAAAUCUGAUGCUGAGUUUUUUGUGUGCUAUUGAGACAUUUUGUUGAUUUUCAAAAGAGAAGUUUUGGAGCCGAAAAAGACCAGCCCUGCCAAAGGAAGGAGGUCCACCCUGUGGACGCCAGCAAGCGAAACUUUCCCCGAACUGUACCGUCCAGCUCCCACGUUGCUGAAGGAAUCUAGGAAUCGACCCUCUUGUACCAUAAGAGUGUGACAUAGUGACUAUGUGCAGUUAUACAUUAGAGGUCCUCGGAGCAGUUUAACAACACGAUAGCCAAACGGAGAUUUUCACGUCUUUGAAGAAGCUGCUCCUCACCAUUACAUAGCCAUGUGGACUGAUCAUAUGUGUGUCACUCCCUUGUCGUUUUCUUUCAAGUCUUCCAAACACAUCUAGCCUCUUUUACAGAUAUCAUUUCAGUCUUUUCAGGGAAAAGCCGAAGCUUUAGUCUAUCAUGCAAUACCGAGCAAAGAGGAAUCGCAGUGGUCAAAGAACAGACUCAUUUAUUUAUUGACUUGAUUUUAUUAUAUUUUAUUCGAGUGUAUUUUUACUGUACUGAAGGAUGUAAAUAUAUGGUAUGGUCAUCAAACACAAUGUUUCUUCAUAUAAUGUUAAUAAUUGAUUGUUAUGUUUUUCUACUGACCACCGUGUUGCGCGAUUUAUAACCAUGAAGACAAAAACCAGUUAUCUUCUCUAAGCAAUAGAUGUUUAAAAAGUGGAGGUGUAAAUGUAUGCAAAUUUGUUUUCAUUUUUUUUUCUUCUUCUUUUUUUCUUAGUGCCGCACUUACUUGGGAAAAUGAAUUUCCAGAAGCUUUCGCUUUUCUGUUUGUGCUUGUCAUAAGAUGAUAGAUUACAAACAUGAUAUGGCCAGAAGGACUAUAAUUAUUAUCUCAAGCCAAUUAUAUAUGCAUAUAACUUCAGCCUCGAAAUUCUAUUGACAUUCUUUCAUUCUAAAGCAGUAUUUGAACUUUAAGAAAAAUAGCACUUAGGAAGACAUAGAAGCAUCGUAGGUUUAGUUUCACAAUGGUCCUGAUUUUUAUGAGAGAGAUCAUACACAUGAUAUAAUCUUCUUCCAAAUGACAUUUUUAGCAGAGGCUCAAGUAUCAAAGCAAGCGAUCCACAGCCUUCAUCAGAAAUAUGUCACUAUUAGUAUGGGGUAUUUUCUGAAUAUUCUUAAGCAUUGUAUAUUGUAAAUUUACAGAUUAUAAAUCCAACCGAAGACAUUUUAUUGGAACAGAGCAAAGGGGAAAAAAAGAAUGAAAAAUUAGGAAAAAAAUGUAGUUCAGCUUAUUGGUGUUUCAUGUCUGCUGUGUUUUUUUCCUGAAACAUCUCAGUUUUUUUUUUUUU